UUUGUGGAACAAAAUAGGUGCUAUAAUAAUAGAUAAAAACAAUGAGAACCACCAACUCACUCAUCCGUUCACUCACCUAUCUCCACUUCCAUUUCCACUCUCAUAUCCUCCCAAAACCCACCACCACAUACCACCAACACGCCAUGUCCACACCCACCGACCUCAUCACCCCAUCAAACACGCGCAUCGGCUGGAUCGGAACCGGCGUCAUGGGCCAAUCCAUGUGUUCUCAUCUCAUCAAGGCCGGCUACACUGUCACCAUCUUCACAAGAACCAAAUCCAAAGCCCAAUCCUUACUCAACAACGGAGCCCAUUGGGCCCCUUCACCAUUCGCCCUCGCUACUCAAUCCGACGUCGUUUUCUCCAUCGUCGGAUACCCAUCUGACGUCCGUCACGUCCUCCUGCACCCCACCUCCGGUGCCCUCGCCGGUCUCUCCCCUGCCGGAAUCUUGGUCGACAUGACAACUUCCGAACCUUCUUUAGCCGUCGAGAUCGCCAAGUCCGCCGCAGAAAAAUCAUGUUUUGCUGUCGACGCGCCGGUUUCCGGCGGUGACCGUGGCGCGUUGAACGCCACGCUCUCGAUAUUCGCUGGCGGUGAAGAGUCUAUCAUCAAAAAGUUGAGCCCAGUUUUUAGCUUGUUAGGAAAAGUCAACUAUAUGGGUGGGUCAGGAAAAGGGCAAUUUGGUAAAUUAGCAAAUCAAGUAACUAUAGCUUCUACCAUGGUUGGGUUAAUUGAGGGGUUAAUAUAUGCACAUAAAAGCGGUCUUGAUUUAAAUGUAUAUUUGAAUGCAAUAUCAACAGGUGCAGCUGGGUCAAAGUCAUUAGAAUUGUAUGGUCAAAGGAUAUUAAAAAGAGAUUUUGAAGCUGGUUUUUAUGUUAAUCAUUUUGUUAAGGAUUUAGGGAUUUGUUUAAGGGAAUGCGAGAAAAUGGGGAUUUCAUUACCCGGUUUGGCUCUUGCCCAACAGCUUUAUGUGUCGCUAAAGGCUCAUGGUGAAGGUGAUUUAGGGACACAAGCUCUUGUUUUGUCGCUCGAAAGGCUUAAUAAUAUUAGCUUAGGUUGAAUGGUGUGUGGGGAUCUUGUGAAAUAUUAGCGUUUAUCAAUAAUAAUUGUCAUCUACUUGUGUUUUUGCAUGAUCCUGAAGCCUUGAAUGAUAUUAAGGAUACCUACAUGAUUAAAGUAAUAGAAUUUGUUAACUUUGUUAUGGUA